GGAGGGCGCACGGCGCGCAGCCUCCACUCCUCUGACAUCCCCUCUCCUCUAACGCGCGCGCACUCCCAUGGCAAAAUCUGCGUUGCACUUCAGAGGAAAGGGAGAAGACUAACAUAAACCAGGAAACAGCAUCAGAUAGGCACAUUCGAGAUUUCACUCGACGGAGCUGGUGAUGACGAGAAGGAGGGAGUGUUAGAUUGGGCGACUCUUGCACUCGCAAGGAGUUUCCGCUCUGAAGUUAGGUUUGGGGCAGUGCUUUUUAUAUGUAAAAACAGACGAAAGAAAUUCGAUUUGAUGACGGGAAGUUGACAGUAUAUACCUGGUGUUCCAGAGACGAUCCCUCCACACUUCAAAAGUUUUUGGUGGACUUACACAUUGCAGUGACCAUCUAAUUUGAAGGAAUUGCCGUGGAUUACAACAACGCCCCUCUCUAGUGCCUUUGGGGAAGAGAUUGUUCAGUUUCUGCGGUUUUGUUGCGUCUCCGUUCAGACCCCGUUUUUGUUGUAGUUGGGUGCAGAGCUACCUUGCCAUGGACCCCCCUCCCCUCCACUGAAGCUCUGUUCUCCUGGGCUUCGGAGACUGAGCAACCGAUGCCAGCUUGCAACAUGCAAACAUUUUACACACACAUUUGAUAUUUCAGCACAUUUUUUCCCUUCAGAGACAAAACGAGGUUUGUGGACCACUACCCAUUGAAAUAUCACUUCGACGGGUAGGUUGACGCCGGGCUUAUUAGUAUUCUAUACAACUGUUUGACAUAAACUGCUAAGGCGUACACAAGAAUCCCUCGCUGUACAAGCCAAGUAGUGCCUGUUUAAGGGCCGUAGAACACCAACUUUCUCCUGAGAAGAACAUUUUGGGCACUCAUGACUGAGACGAGUGGGAACUGUCGGACUCAGCCGACGACCAAAGAACAGGGGUCUGUACAGAAUAGUUUCCCUGAAGUCGUUGAGCUAAAUGUUGGAGGGCAAGUGUAUUACACUCGUCAUUCGACAUUAAUUGGUACCCCGAAUUCCCUCUUGGGGAAAAUAUUCUCCUCGAAAAAGGAUCCGUCAAAUGACCUAGCAAGAGACCCUAAAGGGCGCUACUUUAUUGACAGAGAUGGAUUUCUAUUUCGUUAUGUAUUAGACUACCUCAGAGAUAAGCAAGUCGUUCUACCAGACCAUUUCCCUGAAAAGGGGAGAUUGAGGAAAGAAGCGGAAUACUUUCAACUGCCAGACUUGGUAAAGCUUUUAUCUCCUGACGACUUGAAGCACAGUCCGGAUGAAUAUUGCCAUAGUGAUUUUGAAGAUGGGUCACAGGGCAGCGACCUACGGACGUGUCCUCCACCUUCGCUGGUGCCGGCUGACCGAAAGAGUGGCUUCAUUACGGUCGGUUACAGGGGCUCGUGCACAAUGGGGAGAGAGAGUCAGACCGAUGCCAAGUUUCGGAGGGUACCGAGGAUUUUGAUAUGCGGGAGGAUUGCGUUGGCGAAAGAAGUUUUUGGCGAGACGCUAAACGAGAGCCGAGACCCGGACCGGACACCGGACAGGUACACGUCAAGGUUCUACCUGAAGUUCAAACACCUGGAGAGAGCUUUUGACAUGCUGUCAGAGUGCGGCUUCCAGAUGGUCGCCUGUAACUCGUCGGUGACAGCAUCCUUCGUCAAUCAGCACACCGAGGACAAGAUCUGGUCAAGUUACACCGAAUAUGUCUUCUACCGUGGUCUGUCCCGGUGGUCCUCCCCUCUGUGCGACUGCUGCUGCAAGAACCACAAGGGCGAUGGUGAGGGCGAGAGUGGCACCUCCUGCAACGAGCUCUCCACCUCCAGCUCCGAGAGCCAGUCGGAGGCCAGCUCGCCGCAGGGCACCGUCAUCUGCGGGCCCGUGAGCCGGGGCGGAGUUGGGGCCGGUGGAGGUGGAGGCCCACCACCCAAGCACCAGGGGCCGCUAUCGCAGCACCACCACCACCCCCACGUGCACCCGCACCACCACGUCCAGACGCUGGACCGGCCGCUGAAGAAGGGCCCCGUGGUCAUGCUCCAGCAGUCCGAGCCACGGCGCAAGAGCGACCUGAUGCGCACGUUGACGACCAGCGCGCGGGACACCUCCACCACCAGCAAGAAGCGGGCCUCCAAGGAGGCCAAGAUGACCAUCGAGGAGGAGUUGGAGAAGUGCAUCGACGACUUCCGCAAGAUCAAGAUCCCCGAACGCUUCCCAGAGCGGAAGUACAAUUGGCAGGCCGACCUGCUACGCAAAUACCGCCUCUGAAGGAGGAGUCGCGGAGGAAGCGGGUGGUGGUAGGGAGAGAUUAAAGAAGAAAUUAAAAUUUAAGAAAAAAUUAACGAAUACUCAAACUCGUGAGCACUUAAACUGAACUGUAUGUACCGUAUGUAUGUGUGUAUGUAUGUAUGUAUGUAUGUACAGUAUGUACGUACGUAUGUUGGGUAAACAUUACUACUGCCUCAGAAUGUCUUUGUCCCAGUUUGCGGUCAGGGGAAGGUUGUUGGGGUAAAACAAAACAAAACAAAAAACUCUUCUCGUUCUCGCUGAUAAACACAGGCAUCCUUUCAUCGUGAGCAGGCUCCGCCAUGGGGAGGAGGAGACAGGCAUUUGUUGUUGUUUUUUUAGCUUCAUAGCAUCUGAAUUUUUGUUUUUCUGUUGUUGCAGUUGUUGAUGUUGCAAUGGCACUCAUGAACCCAAAUGUGUGUGUGUGUGUGUGUGUGUGUCUGUGUUGGUGUGUAUGAGAGAGAUGGAAAGGGCGAGGCCAUUGGAAGACUGUGUUACGCACAUACACACACUGCAUACACACAGCAAUUCUGACCCCAUCAUGUUUGUGGCUGCGUUCGGGGUGGCAUCGAGGUCGGAGAUAAACGUGCAUCAGAGUGAUAAAUAAUUCAUGCCUUCCCCUCCCCGCUCCUUCUAAAAAUACCCCCAGCCUCGGCCCAGCCGCCUGAGCACAGACGCUUGGAUUUCAACACUACCACAAGCACAGGAGACUCUUUUUUCCCUCUCUUUCCAUUUUGCAGGCUCCGUUGGCCGGCCACAGCUAAGGGGUGUGUCGACGUUAGUGCAAGAGUCCCCAAGGCAUUUGGCUUCAUUGUGGAGAGGGGCUUACAUAACAGGUUGAAAUGCAAUACCUGUACUCUGUUAUAUUGAUUGGAAAAAUUUAUAUUCUGAAGGGAAAUGCAUGGGUGGGUUUAGCUUGAAGAGGGAAAAGGUUAAAUAUGACACAAGGCUUUGGUUUAGAGUAGCAACUUAUCCAGGAAUCAUACUUAUCCAGGAAUCAUGUUUACUACUGCUGGAAAGGGUACCUGCUGCCUUGUGACUUUACUCUGAGAUUUGUAUGCACAUGCACGCACGCACACAUGCACACACACACACACACACACACACACAAACAUUGACACCCACACAAAUACAAGCAUACUCACCUGUAUACCAACACACACACACACAUACAGUCCAGUCACACACACUGUUACCAGUACCUGCUACUUCACCUGUGUUUUAAACACCACACAACACAAGCACACACAGACACACAGAUGCACACACACACGUGCACACACACACACACACACACUUCAUCCAGCGCACUGCCAAUAUUGAGCAAUGAAGGACACAGCGUGACAUGUGGCUCCACCCAGCCCCGGCUUGCCUCUCGGAGGUCAGUGGAUAUCGACGUUAGGAGUCCUCUGGGUAUCGACCAGGCUAAUUCACAAAGCCAAUGACAUCCCAGUUGACGUUGAUGAAGGCUGAUAGAUAUUGGUGAUCAGACUCCCUAAUGAGAGCGUAAUACCUCAUGGAGGGGCUGGUUCGGUUUGGUUCUACUUGCUGGUUUGUAUUUCAAUGGGAAAGAUUGUCGUUCACACAGUGUUGUUCACAUACUUAUUGCUUACUUACUCAUACCCCCUCCCUCUGAACAGUGGGCCCCCCACAGAUGAGAUGAUGUUGUUGUAAUUGACACAAACACAUCAAACAAACAAACAAACAGACAGACAAAAAUGUCCAACUCCUUAAGAGGACAAAAUGUAAAAAAAAAGCCACUAUUGACAGCGUAAAUCCAAAUUAGGCUAUAUCAUCUGUAGCCACUUGGGCAAAUAUUUGCCAAGAUCAUGACCCCUGCCCCCACCCCAACACACACACACACACCCCAAAAAAGAGAUUACAAGUCCCAAAUAAUAUGAGUUUGCAUGCUCUAAUAACUUUAAUGAUAACAACUUUUAAUCUAUUAACUUUAAUGCAGUUACAUUGUCAAACAUCAGUUGCCUGCUCCGCUCUGAUUUAUGACUGUUAAUAUUCAAAGGCAAACAUGGGGCUGUGGUCUGGAUAGGAAUUAAUGAUGAAAAUGCCUACGUGCUUCAACAUGUUUUUAAUAUAUGCAGAAACUAUGCUGUCUCGCAGCUCACAGUCUCUUAAAGUGGAAAGUCCCUCAUCUUACUUAAAUAUUCCUUACUUUCUCUCUUACAUCAACUGUAUGAAUGUACAUGUGGCAAUGGAAUUAUUCACUUUUGUUUGUGAUUUGUUUUGUUCUUUCAAGAAAAACAGUAUAUAGAAACCAGGAAAAGCCUAUACAAUUGAAUUUCUAUGAUAGUUUUAUCCACAGCUUAUAGUCUUUGAUUCGUUCUCUGACACUUUCAGUUUGCCAGACUUUAUCAGAUUUACUCAUAAAAAAAAUAUAGUAAAUAUAUAAAGAAAGACUCCAUAGAUUAUGAAUUAUAUAAAAGUGAUCUUUGUACAUUAAAUAUUUUAUUUUUGAAUCAAAAGAUUAUCUUUACAUAUGGUAAUCCUUACUGCAUGUGCAAUCACUAAAAAGUAAUUAUGGGAGGCGCUUAGAGGAACGCUGGAGCAAUGUGCUCCUUCCUGCUUUGUUUACUUUGUUUACUACCCUUAGUUAUCCUCUCAACACAAGCCUUACAUUAAAGCCCAAGCAAGGCCAGACAGUUUCAAUAUAAGCAAUCGCCAUGGGUGACUCUAUUAAACCCACUGAUAUUGUCCCGUUGACAUUUGUGCCGUGAAUUUCAAACACAUUUUCCAUGCCCUAAUGUAGUUCUAAUGUUAAACAGCAACAGCAGGUAUAGAGCAAAACCUUGCUCUAUACAUUUGAUAAAAGUAGUCCCUAAUUAAAUGUGGUAAGAGAAUGUUUAAUUUGGCAGUAGAAGACCCCUUGCUGUAUAGCUUUGACUUCAGAUGCCACCACCUAGGUGACAAAUGGCUUCCCUCAUUUAAAUGGAAGCAGUGGUAGAGAGUGGACCAUGGUUUAUUACACAAGUAACUAAAUACAAUUUGUCAGAAGAAAGUUAGUGUGACACAGAAGAGUGCCCUUGCAAUAUAUGAGAUUAAUGAGCAGGUCCAGAUUCUACACACAUCCACAACAAUAAAUACUGUAGCAGUGAAGCCUGAAGAUGUUACUGAUGUUUUCAGGUCAUUGCAGCGCAUUCUUUACUAGGCAUUUUUUUUGUGCUAAUUCAUUAAUAUCAUUCCAUGCAAAAACAGUUGUUGUGAUCAUGAUAUGCUGGUCAUAAUUCUUAUAGUUUAUAAUUUUCUUGACAACUCAGAUGAAGUUGAGCCCAAAAUGUGACUGUUACCUUGCCAGCUCAGAAUCAACAACUCGUGUUUCUAACAUCAAAGACUGUACAAACACUAGUUCAUUCCAGGUGUUUGUUCAAAGCCAGUGUGAGAUAGUUUGCGAUGCAUGGAACAUCACAGGUCGCUGUCAUUUCUGCUGAUAAAUGGCUGUGCAGGAUCUUAGCUGGGUUUUUGUGGCUGGCGACUGCUGGGGACAGAUCAUCAUAAUAUCUGACUUCUGGGCCACUGCACAAACAUGCGGAAAUCUCUAUUAUUUUCCUCAAACAAACACAGACAGAUGAGGUCCAGAAAGGGUCAGUGUGAUUUAAAUUCUGAAUUUAAUGGAAAAAAAGGUGGUGGAAGCACUACGCAUAAUAGGUAAAAUUGCCAGACAUGGACUGCUUGACCGUCCUUCUGCUUUGUUUCAAGGCAUGGUAUUUACGGGGUUGAUUCAAGGCGUGAAUCUACGUUAUAACAGUUCUGUCAUCCUGCUAACCUAUAUAUCAUAAAAUAUUGCUCCAACAGGACCUGCUAUAUGAUGGAUCUUACUACUAGCUGUUUACUGUCCUUUUGGGCUGAUCAUUAAUUGCAAAGAAACAGGACAAGUUUAGGACUUUCAUUCAGGUGAAAAAAUAACUAUGUGCUAAUAGACAUGUAAUAAUGCAUGACUGGCAGUAAUAAGAUGUAAGAUAUAUUAUACAUCAAUAUCAAAACUAGCAGAUUACAAUCACUCAGUGCUCUUCAUUUCCCUCAGGAGGUAUUACUUAACAUGGCCAGUUAAUUUAUUCAUAAGACUCAAAGCUGAAUGUAUCAUAUACAUACUGGAAUUAGCUACAACACAAAGUUUCUCUGGUAAUAGUGGCAAGUACUGAUGAAAAGCAACAAUCACCUAGUGGGAGUGUUCAGACCUUAGCGUCAGCAUCGUACUCCACCACUUGUUUUUGUCGAACAUCGUAAUCUAGUUUUCUAAAAUGUUGAGUUAUUUAUAUGUAUAUUGAUAUUUUUAUUUAUUUCUCUGGGGUUUAUUUUUUCAUGUUUGAAGAUCAAAAGCAUCUGAGCUGGACAGGGCAUUUGUAUUUUUGCACUAUAAAGAGAAUAUAGUAUAGAAGCAAAGUAUCUUACAAUGUAAAUAACACCACCACAUCCACACCCUGUUCGGCCCUGCUCUCUAGAGAGAGGCCAUGUGUAUAAUUUGGCCUAGGGUUCAAUUGGAUUGUGUCCUGGGUCAGGUUUCUGUGUACUGGGAAAUGAACAUUCAAAUGAAGAACCUUUUCAGCACGACGCAUAUUCUGCAACACAACAUUAACGUGGUUCUGAAUGGAAUACAUAGGGUUCUCUGUUUAAAUGUCAGCUAAUUCCAAAUGUUCUCCCCUCCACCCCCUUUCCACUUAGAAAAAGUGUUUUUUUUUUCUUUUGCAGGCUUGCUCAGCCAACUUUAUUUAAUGGGAUGUUUUUUUUUCUACCUUGCGAUAGAGUUCUUGAUGUAAAUGAAUGCCAGUUGUGUAAUUUCAUUUCAUUUUCCCAUGUGCCCUUUCAAGUGUGUGAACCACAGCGAAGUCAAGCACAUGGGGAGUGAUGCAGCCACAGAGGAAAAAAAUAGGUCAGCACAAAUAAAACAAAAAGGAUGUUGUUUGGUGUCGUUUUGGUUUAAAAAAAAAAAUGGUGCAGAACUUUGUGCGCAUGUUGGUAUACAAAAUAUUGCAGAUACAUUUGUUUUUUGUGACGAUGUUAAAAUACCUACCAAAAAGGGAAAAAAAAAAAACUUGCAGAAAAAAAAAAGACAAGCACAAACAGUCAAACAGUGGAUAGUGUCUGCUACUGUUUCUCCACAGUGACUAGCAUUCUAAAGAAAAGACAGUACCACCUCAUCAGAAACAUCUUUAGAUACAAACAUAGAGAUUUUCAAAAUGUUACACUGAGUUACAUUCAAUAAAAUUCUCUACAAAUAAA